UAUGUAUUUUUCUUUUAUUUUUUUAUAUUAUUUUCGAAUCUAAAUUUUGUAAUUGGUAUUCUCUCUCACCUCAACUGUUCAUCUUCUUCCCCAUUUUCAGUUUGCUUAGACGGUUGUAAUAGUGGGUAGUUUUUUCAUUUUAAAAAAUUUCAAAUCCCAUCCCACUAUCUUAAACUUCCCUCUCAUUUUCCCUCCCAUUUUUAUUAUUUUUGUCUAUAAAUACCUUCAUAGUUCUUCAUAAUGGCCGUUACUCGUUCAUCACCAUCUCCGGCCAAAGUUACAAAACCUACAAAACAAUCGCAGAAAACCAGACCCAAAUCAAAAAUGGGUAAAAAAAAUCUGAAAGAGAACCCUCCUAGCCCCACUUCCCCUUCUGUUAAAAGAAAAACCAUUGCUGGACCUUCGAAGAACACUCGAGGAAAAAGACCUCGAACUGUUGUUGAAAAUUCAGACUCAGAUUUUGAGUUGGAUUCUGAAUUUCUUAAGUCGCCUGUUUCUGUUAAGGUAUUUUACUAUUUAUCUGUUGUUGUUUUUGAGGUUUUUUGUUUUUUUGUUAAAUUCGAUAUUUGAGGUUCAUAUAUCUGGGUAUUUGUUUGUUUUUGUUUAUGUAUUUGUAAUUGUUUUAUAUAUAUUGUUCGAUUUAUUUAUGUGUUUUUGUUAAUUUUUUAUUUGUUGUUUUGUUGGUGUUGUUAUUUUUUAUUUUAGGGCAAGGGUAAAUCCCCUGUGAAGGUGUUGCCAUCAUCAGGUGUUUCUGAAGAAAUUCCUGUUAAUAGGAUUGUUGAGGUUUGUCAUGUUAUGCAUUCUGUUCUAUGUUUUUUUGUUGUUUUUUUGUUGUUGUUAUUUUCGUAGUGUUUUUUGGUGUUUUAUCAGUGUUUUCAUUGUUCUGUUUUUUAGGAUUGGGAAUGCAAGUACACUCGAUCUCAAUUUUAUCAUUCUAGAGUAGUAACAUCUGGUUAUUACUCUGUACUUGGUGACAUUAAGAGAAUUUUAACUGAAAGCCAAUUGGAAAUUUUUUCAAAAUCUGUGUUUGGUUAUUUUCUUCGAAUUCCUGAGUACAUAAUUCAUUACCAAUUGCUGCAUUGUUUGCUGUUGAGGGAGGUUCAGCAGCCUAAUGGGUUGGAGUUUUGGGUUUGUGUCCAAGGGAAAUACCUUAGGUUUAGUAUCGAAGAGUUUGCGUUGGUCACGGGGUUAGAUUGUCAUGUUGAUUCUGAUUUUUAUCAGUUUAAGCAAGAUGAUAAUGAAUUGGUCAAAUCUUGUUUUAAGGGGUACAAAAAAAUUACCAAGGGUGCUAUUCAGACUGCUUUUAUUGCUGACAAUCUUAAGGAUAACGACGAUCUUGCAGUCAAGUUGGCUGUAUUGUAUUUUGUGCAGUGUUAUUUGUUAGGUGGUCCCCCGGGUAAAGUUGUUUCGUCUGAGGAAAUAGAUGUUGUGGAUAGUGGUCGAUAUAAUGAAUUUGGGUGGGGCAAGCAUUGUUUUGAUAUCACUAUGCAUUCUUUGAAGGGUAAGAUAGAUUCUGGUUAUAAGAGGGUAGUUCGUAGUGACGAGGAUGGUGGGUAUUACAGGUUAUUGGGUUUUCCUUUGGCUAUUCAAUUCUGGUUUUUCGAUUGUUGCCCGUAUGUUAUUGGGAAACUAUCCUUGUACUCAAAUGUUGGCAUUCCAAGGAUUUUGAAUUGGCCUAAAUUACCCAAGGACAAGGAGGGUAUGGUGAAAAUGGAUGUCAUGAACACCCUCAUUUUCGAUCGGUCUUUGAAAGAGUUAAAAUUAAGAAACCUCACUCCAACUUCCGUUGAGAGAUUGAGUUUGAGCCUCACUGAUUUUUUCUCUGGUGAGACUACUCCCGAGGCUGUGAAAUUCAAAAUUAAAGGUGGUUCCAAGCCUGCUGGUCAACCUGGCUUGAUGGGUUCUUCUUCAUCAACUGCUCAUGAGAAUGUCUCCCGAGUUGAGUUUGAGGAAUUUAAAAAGUGUUUAUCUGUUGUUGUCAGCCAGCAAGGGAUUCUUAUGAAAUCUGUUGCUGAGAUGAACAAGAAGCUGGACAUUCUUAUUGAGUCAUCCCAAGGUGGUCCCACUCACAAUGGAUCUCAGUCUGAAGAUGCUCUUCGUACUUCAGAAAAUGAGGAUGAUGAAGAUUCCACUUCGGAGGAAGACGAGGAUGAUAAAUUCGACGAUGACAAAGGAGAUGAUCAUCAUGACGAUGAAACUGAUGAUGAUGAUGAUGAUCUGGGUGGAGAUGGUGUUGGUGCUGGUCAGGAUGAGGCUCACACGGGCGAUGUUCGUAACGAUGAGGGUGUUGUUGUCCCCGCGGUUGUUUCGAGGGAUGAUGAUACCGGCAAGGUCGAUGAUGCCAAGAAUUCUGACCCUGUGGAACCUAUUGCAGAGAUCAAACAGCCUGAUCAGUCUCAAGGUGGGGAGGAGAACAUUGAUGUUGAUGCAACAAUUGCAUCUGCUGUUAAAGCUGUGGAGAAUUUGAUUGGUUCCUCAACUCAUGCCCCUGCUCCUGUUGAGACUUCUGAGAAGACUGAUCUUGAAAUGGUUGUUUUUCAAGAGACUCCUAUUUUACGUCCUCAAAAGAGGGAUCGGAAGAAAGGAGCUGUUUUGAAAUCCCCAUUCAUUGAGCUUGCUUCUGGUGCAUCUAAAUCAGGUUCAUCCUCGGUUUCUCCUGAUGAUUCGUGUAUAAGGUCGUUAAAUAUGUGCGUGGUUUGUGCCCGUUGGACAACAAGAUUGGUGAACCCGUUGAUCCGCAAUUGGAAGAAAUUUGAGUUUGUCAAGUGGGUUGAUUCGGGUCUUAGAAAGCAUAAAUCUAACACAACAACUAAUGUGUAUUGUAAGGGUAAGGACACUAUAUUUCCGCCAUUUCGUUUUGGUGUUGAGGACAUCAGCAACAAGAUGUGGUUUCACAACCUUGCCUACCCUAAUUGUUUCCUUACCAAUUUACGUUUGUUGGAGAAAAACAACGAUAUAUCGGUGUUGUCUCUUUCUCACAAUGUGGCCCAGUACAUUCAAGGUGGUAAGAUAUUAUGUGCCACUCCUUGGCAUUUGGUUGAUCAUGUUGUUAUGCCUAUCAAUGUAAAAUUACAGGAUCAUUGGAUUUGUGGUCGUCUUAACAUAGUUGACAGGCGCAUAUAUCUGUACAAUUCACUGCGUUCUGGGAGGUAUAUGACUGCUGCCAAAGAGGCUUGCAAGCCUUUCUCUGUUAUUUUACCAUAUUACUUCUCUAUGUUAGACUUCAAAGGCCUUCGCAACGAAACUAAGUUUAGCACUAUGGAACCGUUCCCUAUUGUUGCUGUUGAUGAUUUACCCGAGCAUGUCACAGCUGAUUGUGGUGUUUUUGUUGCAUCAUUUGCUGAGUAUUUCAUUGAUGGCAAACCCAUCCCAUCCUCUGAUUUUGAUGUGGAAAUUCACCGCGAUCGUUUGGCUGCGUUAUUUUAUCAUUAUGGGAUGAAGAAGCAAACUGAGAACAUUGAAAGUGAAUCCGAGGCCCCUCCCAGCCUUCCCAAGAAGUGA